GGCCACACAGCUAGGGUUUUCUCUCCCCGCAGCGCGCCACCUCUUUCUCGUGCCCCAAUCACCACCCCCCAUCCGGCGCCGCCGUCGUCUCCCUCCCUCCUCCGCUGCCGUCUCCGGCCCUCGUCCUCAACCAUGAUCAUCUCCAAGAAGAACCGCCGCGAGAUCUGCAAGUACCUCUUCCACGAGGGGGUCUUGUAUGCCAAGAAGGACUACAACCUGGCUAAGCACCCAAAGCUUGACGUGCCCAACUUGGAGGUCAUUAAGCUCAUGCAGAGCUUCAAGUCAAAGGAGUAUGUCAGGGAGACCUUCUCCUGGCAAUACUACUACUGGUACCUGACCAACGAUGGCAUUGAGUACCUCCGCACCUUCCUCAACCUGCCAUCAGAGGUUGUGCCUAAUACCCUCAAGAAGUCCUCCAAGCCCCCGUCCCGUCCCUUCGGCUCUGGCCCACCGGGUGACCGCCCCAGGGGUCCCCCUCGUUUUGAGGGUGACAGACCAAGGUUCGGAGACAGGGAUGGUUACAGAGGAGGUCCACGUGGUGCUCCAGGUGAUUUUGGUGGUGAGAAGGGUGGUGCUCCUGCAGACUUCCAGCCAUCUUUUAGGGGUAGCAGACCUGGCUUUGGCCGUGGUGUUGGUGGCGCUUUUGGUGCUGGGGGAUCUUCCAUGGAGUGAUGCAUCAGUUAGCUGGCACAUUGGGAGGUGGCGUGCAAACAGGCGUCUUCUCUGUUGAUCUUUGAAUUAUGAGGACAAUGAGAUUUUGUUUACCAGUUGUAGCCGUGGUUCUCUGAGACAUGGUUUUGUGAUUUUCGUUUCUGUUAGAUGAAAUUCUUGAAAUGGAGGCUGUUGGUAGACCAUGUUUUAGCAUGUUAUAAGCAAGCUAUCAUUCAGUCCCUGUCGUCUCCUGUUUCCAACUUCCCAUAUAUGAUUCCGCUCUCUUGCUCCCA